UUGGGUAGAUAAAACGACAACAACGACGAACACGUGCUGUAAGAAUGGGAUUUCCAGGAUUUUCACCAAGAGGAGGGCGGGGUGGCAGAGGAGGUGGUGAUAGAGGUGGGGGACGUGGUGGAUUCAGGGGAGGCAGAGGUGGUGGUGACAGAGGAGGACGGGGUGGAUUCAGAGGUGGAAGAGGUGGUGGUGACAGAGGAGGGCGUGGAGGUGGAUUCAGAGGUGGCAGAGGAGGCAGAGGUGGGGGAAGAGGAGGCAGAGGAGGGUUUGCAGGUGGAAAGAAAGUUGUUGUAGAGCCUCACAGACAUGAAGGUGUAUUUAUAGCUAGAGGUAAAGAAGAUUCGUUAGUAACAUUAAAUUUGGUCCCAGGUGAAACUGUGUAUGGAGAAAAGAAAAUAUCUGUAGAGGAAGGAGAGAAGAAGAUAGAGUAUAGAGCAUGGAAUCCUUUUAGAUCUAAACUGGCAGCAGCCAUAUUGGGUGGAGUAGAUAACAUACACAUGAAACCAGGGUCAAAAGUGUUAUACCUUGGUGCAGCCUCUGGAACCACUGUCAGUCAUGUCUCAGAUAUUGUAGGCCCAGAAGGUUUGGUUUAUGCAGUAGAGUUCUCACACAGAAGUGGUAGAGAUCUGAUAAAUGUAGCAAAAAAGAGAACAAAUAUCAUACCAAUCAUAGAAGAUGCCAGACAUCCACAUAAAUAUAGAAUGUUGGUUGGUAUGGUAGAUACGAUAUUUGCUGAUGUAGCACAGCCUGACCAAGCCAGAAUUGUAGCCAUCAAUGCCCACAAUUUCCUCAAAAAUACUGGUCAUAUUGUAAUUUCAAUCAAGGCUAAUUGCAUCGACUCAACAGCUGAACCUGAAGCAGUAUUUGCAGGAGAAUUAAACAAAUUGAAGACAGAGAAGAUAAAACCACAGGAACAGUUAACUUUGGAACCUUAUGAGAGAGACCAUGCUGUAGUGGUUGGAAUAUACAGACCUCCAGCAAAGAAAUGAUGAUGAUGACAGCUUAAGAUAUACAUAUAUAGACAAUAGUAGUCCUAUUCUGAAGACCUAAAUCAAGAUCAAUUGUGUUUUGAAAAAGGAACUAGAAUUUGAAAGACUGUACUGUGGAAAGAUCUUAAUGUACAGAUACAUAUGUUAAUGUGUAUUGUAUUAGAACAGAGAAAAUACACACAAUAAAGUUUCAUUAUAUCAUUUUAAUUCUUAAAACAGACAUGCAUACUUUUACUGCUCCCAAUUCAUGAUUAGCAUGACUGACUUGUCUGAUAUAUUGUGUUCAUAGAGUGUUAUUACUAUUACUAUAAUUUGAGCAUUCAAAGAUAAUUUUGGAAUGGUUUUGGAAUACAUUCGUCUAUUUGAUAAAGUGAAACAACUAAAGUUAUCACUUUUAAAAGGUGAUCUACAAGACAAUAUGAGAGUCUUGAUUUUUUUUCUCAAUUUUUUUAUCAUCAGAAACUGCAGACAUGUUUUGUGUCAUUUUAGAAACUUUACUCUGUUCAUAUACCACUCCAUUGUUAAAUAAUAUUCAUUAGUUUGUAUCAUUUCAUUCAGUUUAAAUGCAUCAAUCAUUCAUUUUAGUAUACAAUUUCUUAUCUUACUCUUAACAACUCAACAACAACAUGAUAAAAUUGUUUGCCAGAUUCAACAUUUAUCUUAUUGGUAAAUGGUGAAGUAACAUUACUGUAUAGUUGUAAUAUUAAAAGUAUGGACAUUAAAUUUCACUCUGCUUCAGUAGUAGAAGUAAUAGACUUAUAUUUAAACUUUAAAACAGCUAUUGAGAUUCAUCUCUAAGACUUGAUAUAUCUACAUGUAAACUUAACAUGGUAAUUGUUAUUUACAUAUUGUAAAAGGAAGCGAAAAAACAAAGAUAAUGAUCAUGAUGAAUUCAGGAAUUGGAGAUGGUUUAAAAGUCAUAAUUUUUUAAGACCAAUUCAAAUUUUGCAACUUGUACAAGGUUUUUUAAUGUACCUUUAUGUAUCUUUGAUAUUUUUCUUGAGUGAUUAAAUUCUGUUAAGUUUAUUAUGAAUCAUGAAAAUAACAGAUCUGUGUUGAUCAUUAAUCAAUCAUGAAAAAGUUAAAGAAAAUCUGUGAAUAAAAUUUUAACAGUUCAA